AUAAUAGUAUGAUAAUUAAGUAGUAGCCCUGUUUUUAGGAGUGACUUCGUGGUCUGGGGAUACUGAAACCCAAAUUAGUAAUGACUUUGUCGACCCGAUGUUAAGGAACCACACAUAGAACUGGCUUUAGUAGAGACGGUUAAAAGCAUGUGAAGCUGUGUUUAGACGCUAGCCAGUCGUUUCAUAACAUAGCUUUAUUUCCCGUCGGUAGGUGUUUCCGGAUAAAUGUUCAAAUGCCUGGUGCUGCCCUUCACAUCUGAUGGGUCAGGGACAGCACCAUAAUCAAAAAUGGGAUAUGAUGAUGAUAAUUUGCCACAACUAGGGUGAGAUGGUCAUAUCAUAUUACUCAUUUUUAAUUAAACAACUAAUCUGAUUUUUUUCUCUACACUUUACUGAAUAACAUCGAUGCGAAAACUUUCCCUCAGUAAUUGACUUGUUCUUUCUUUUUCUAAGAGACAUAUGAUAGUUUUUCGAGUAAUGUUAAAUACGGUUUCGCUGCGCUUAUAAGUCAAUGAGCAGAACGGUCUGAGUGAAGAAAAACCGACAAAUAAUCAUUUAUACGGGCUGAUCGAUAGACAAAUUAUUAGUGUUUUUUUUUGCUCUUGGGCUCUUUCUGCUCUGAGAUCAGUCUGCUUUUUACUUCGCCUCCCUAGAUAACAUGUUUCAAGUGCCAUCAAUAUCCGAAAUUGAAGAUGAAGAAAAUGCGGUUGUCUCUGCUUUUGCAAGCAGACAUAAACAAAGCGGUCAAAGCAAAUCUGAAGCAAGAAGUGUUGAUGCAGACAGUUCUGAUGGAUCACACGUUAGAGCGUCAAACUUUAGCGGGCGCAGUGAAAUGACUUCGUCUGAAAAUGCUUUGUCAAUUGAUUAUAAACAGAUUGUAAAUGCAGCGCCCGUCGUCUCUGAAAAGUUAAAAAAGGCAAUUGCGGCGUCUAAUGCGCAAAAUGAUGAUUCGAUUUCUGCACCCUCAAAAGAUUUAUUUAAUAUAAGAGAAAACAACGAGUCUAAAGUGGGAAAUACAUUGGCUCAACCGCCUAUAACAAGAAAUUACUCAGGAUCAACAAUUUAUGCGAUAAAUCGCCAAAAAGGCAAUCCUAUUCUGAAACAUAUACGAAAUGUGCCAAUUGAAUUUGUGUGCGAUAUCGCACCUGAUUAUAUUCUGAGUGAAAUUACUUGUGCUUUGUUUUUGUCUCUGAGAUAUCAUCAUUUGAAUCCGAAUUACAUAUAUGAUAGAAUAAGGAAAGUUGGCUCUGCUUUUAAACUCCGAUUACUUUUACUUGAAAUUGAUGUUAUUGAUCCUAGUCAGAGCUUAGCUGAGCUGAACAAAGCAUGCUUUCACGCCGAUUUUACUCUUCUACUCGCCUUUUCCUCUCAAGAAGCUGGAAGAUAUCUCGAGACUUACAAAGUGUAUCAAUUCAAGCCUGUUGAUUUACUGAGGGCAAAUAUUGAAACCGAUCCAACUAGUCGAGCGAUUGACUUUCUCACAACAAUUAAAUCCGUCAGUAAAAGAGAUGCAGAAACUUUGCUGCUGAAAUUUGACACAGUUGCUAAUAUUUGUGCGGCAUCCGAGGCACAACUGAAGCAGUGCUCGGGACUAGGAGAUACGAAGGCAAAGAAGAUACACUCUGCGUUGCAUCAGCCGUUUCUGAAGAAAAAUUCAAGAAAGAAGAAUGAAGCAGAAAUAACCGACGGCAAAGUUGUUGAAAGUUUAGACGAAGGUGUAAAUGGCUAGUGGCUACAUUUGAAAACCAAAUUUUCAUUACUGAAUCGCUAA